CAUUGGCAAUACUGAAAAAAGAAAAGACGUGAUUUCUGCUCAUUGGCAAUGUGUGUUUAUGUGUUGUGUUUACGGUGGAAGUACGUGUGGAAAGGAGAAUGAUCGAAUCUUGCACUAAAAAACGUAUGGUUUUUGCUGUUACAUGUCUCGGCGGGCUGACUUUGUUUGUACUAAUAAUAGAAAGCCAUCUUACAUCGAGCUCAGGUGCAAACCAUUCAAAUCCUGUUACAAGAAAUUCUACAAAUGAUUGCUGGUUAAAAGAAGACUAUGAAAUUGUUGAAUCAUGCCAUCCCUGUACAGCAUUUGAAAUACGCAGCAGGAUGAUAGCUGCAUGCCUGCCUACACAUUAUAAGGAAGUUUUAAGGUGCACAAACUCUGGCUCAAAUGUCAUUAGAAGUUGUGACAAGGUAACUUGGCUUGAGGAAAGAAACUUCUGGAUAUUUGAAGGAUUGGCAUUUGCUACUGGAUUUGUCUCUACAACUGUUGUGUAUGUAAGGCAGAAAAUACUAGAUCAUCGAAUGCUACGCCGAAUUCAAAGGCAAUUGGCAAGUGGAGUUUGAAUAGACAGAUUAAUUUGAAAUGGAUGGACUGUAUGUAGAAGUAGCAGAGGAGCCCGGAAGUUCAGCUAAUGUGCUAGCACCACUGGAAACAGCUGUAUGCCUGUUUGCUGUGGAUUACCUGCAGUUGCACAAUGAAGUGUCAGUGGCAUUUAUA